GAAGGGGUCUCCAAUGAUGAACACGACGCCAUUAACCGUACGUCCAUCGACGCGUGUAUGGCACUGUUCGUCAAUUCUGCUGUUAUUCCGAGGCGAUUCGAGCAUUCGAAUCUUGGUGAUCGUGGUGGAAGUCGACGUUUGCGGAAAAAAUUCGACUGAAAUUAUUUUUCUUACUUAUACCUCCAAGAAAUCUGUAAACAAUGGCGAUCGUGGAAUCUUAUUGGACCCCAUGUAUUUGGUCAAAUAGUGUGAAAACCGGCUGCAAAGCUAUAGCGUUUUACACAGUGGCGAUUAGUAUAGUGCUUAUUACGCUAAUAUCCUAUCAACUGGCUGGUGGCGAUUCCACGCAGCUGUAUAAUCCGUUAUUCGAAGCUGAUGUAAGGGGAUCUAUGCAAGUUGUCGGAGGCUUCCUCAUCUUCUAUCUGCUUCUGUUAAUCAUAUGCGCCUUGUUAAUGGUUUACGGCGUAAAAGAAGGUGUACGUGGAUGGUUAUUGCCAUGGCUCGUUGGAUGGUUCAUCGUUUGUUUAUUCCAAUUAGCCUUUGGACUGUGGCUUUUAGGCGGUUAUUAUAUUUAUUUGGACUCUGUAUUUGCGACAUUAUGCAAUUGGCUUUGGAUGUCUUACAAUAUAUAUUGUUGGCUGGUUGUUUUGUCGAUGUACAGAAUUUUUGCAAAGCUGCAAUCUCCAAACAUAGAACUUUUGUGGCCUUAAAAGAAAGCACAAUGCGAAAACAAUAUGUACACACCUAUUGCAACCAAAUCUGCAGACUAAGAAAGUGACAGCGGUGGAGCAUCGACAGAGCGACUUCGCCAUAUGACAACGAAGUCAAGCGAG